AUGUCAUCUCCAUGGUGGAAGAAUGCUUCAAUCUAUCAGAUAUAUCCUGCCAGCUUUAAAGACACAAACGGCGAUGGAAUCGGCGACCUGCCAGGCAUUCUGAGUAAGCUGGACUAUAUCAAGUCCCUAGGCGUUGACUCAAUCUGGAUAUGCCCAAUGUACGACAGUCCUCAGUACGACAUGGGCUACGACAUUUCAAAUUACGAAGAGGUCUAUGCACCUUACGGCACUGUCGCCGACGUCGAAGCUAUCAUCGCAGCAUGCCACGAGCGCGGUCUACGAAUUCUACUCGACCUAGUGAUAAACCAUACUUCCUAUCUCCAUGCAUGGUUUAAAGAAUCAAGAUCCUCCAAGUCGAGCCCCAAGCGAGACUGGUACAUCUGGCGCCCAGCAAAAUAUGACGCCGAUCGAACCCGUCGUCCUCCCAACAAUUGGCGCAGUUAUUUUGGCGGUAGCGCUUGGGCAUUCGACGAUCAAACGCAGGAGUAUUACCUCCAUCUGUUUGCCGCGCAGCAGCCUGAUCUGAACUGGGAAAAUCCGGAAACACGAAAGGCAAUCUACGACUCGGCCGUUACUUUCUGGCUGGAAAAGGGAAUCGAUGGAUUCCGCGUCGACACAGUGAACAUGUAUUCGAAAAUGUCAUUCGUCGAUGCUCCUGUUAUUGACGAGCGCCUUGAAUGGCAGCCGGCACAUUCCCUAUUUUGCAACGGGCCCCGAAUCCAUGAAUUCCUGCUCGAUUUGGGCCAAAUAUUAGCUAAAUACGACGCAAUGACAGUCGGCGAGCUCCCUCAUACCCCGGAAAUUGCCGAGGUACUCAGCUACGUCUCAGCCAAGGAGAAAAAGCUCAGUAUGGUCUUUCAAUUCGAUGUGGUUGAAGUCGGGACCGGUGAUCCAACGUUCAACACAAAACCACGCAACUGGACCCUCCCCGAGCUUCGCAAGAGAAUCGCACAAACCCAGGAACUUGUGCCCACCGAUGGCUGGAGCACAUCGUUUCUUGAAAAUCACGACCAAGCUCGAUCGAUUUCACGAUGGGGAAACGAGGAAACGCCAGAAAACUGGGCACUCAGUGCAAAGAUGCUGGCUAUCCUGGUCACGACACUCUCCGGGACGGUUUACAUCUACCAAGGACAGGAAAUUGGCAUGGUUAAUUUCCCGCUCGAGUGGGACAUUGAAGAUUACAAGGAUGUUAAUAGUAUAAACUACUACAAGUUCAUCCAAGAUUCAACACAGAAUGACCCGGCCGCCGUCAAAAAGGCCAAAGAAGCGCUGGCCCACCUGGCCAGAGACCAUUCGCGCAUUCCAAUGCAGUGGGAUGGCACAGCGAAUGCUGGGUUCACCACGGAGUCUGCAAAACCCUGGAUGCGCGUGCAUGAUGAAUACCCGACUCUCAAUGUCGAGAAGCAGCAGGGUGAUUCAAAAUCAGUUUUGGCCUUUUGGAAGGAGGCGCUACGUGUGAGAAAGUCUUUGCCUAAGGUAUUCGCGCAUGGUGUUUUCGGUGAUACCGAUCCCUCCGAUGAGUGUCUCUUUGUUUUCGAAAAGACUGGUGAUGAUCAGAAACUUCUUGUUUUGCUGAACUUCACUGCUGAAGCAAAACCUAUUGAUAUCGCGGAGCGACUUGGGAAUUCACCACCGAAGGCCAUAAUCAAGAAUUAUGAAGAUGAGCCGCUAGAUUUCUUGCGACCGCUGGAAGGUCGUGUUUAUCUCUUCGAUAAAUAA